AUGCUGGUAACGGAACGAGUUGAGAAGGUAGAUCAAAUUCUCAAAGAUGUGUGUAUUUUGGAGUCAACCUUGGCCCAACUCAAUGUUCAACAGAAAAUUCUGAAGGGUAAACUAAUUGCAUAUUUGCGUGUUAACCAGUUUGAAUUCCUUUCAGAACAACUCUAUGAACUUUUUCUUGAUUUCUUGCCGAGUGACUCUUCUGAACAAAACUCAAUCGGUAGUUGA